GCGUGCACUUCCGUUAUGUAGCGUAGCACAUGUUGUACGUAUACUGGUGUCUGACUGUUCUGAGAGCGUAUUAUUGUUAUAAAAAUAUCAAUUAUACAAGUUGUGUAAUUAACAAGCAGCGAAGAUGGCAAAGUUUUGUUUGAAAAAGCCAAGUAAGCGCGUGCAGGCACGGAGGAGAUAUAAGGUUGAAAAGAAAGUCCGCGAACACAACCGUAAAUUGCGAAAACAGGCCAAGAAGCAUCCUAAAAAGAAAGCUAAGGUAAUAGAGAUUCCAAAUCAAUGUCCUUUCAAAGAAGACAUCUUAAAGGAGAUAGAGGCAAUGAAGAAGGUAAAUGAAGAAGAAAAAAGAAAACGGAAGGAGGCUGCUCGUGAGAAAAGACACAAGGAACUUGCCAAGAAUGGUCUUCAAGGAUUGGUUAAUGAAGCUGAGAGAAAGCAAUUGGUGCACAAAUCUAUGGAAGUUGAUACUGUUGAAGAUAAAGUUAAGGAAGCUGUAGAUAAGAAAGAAAAUUCAUUAAAGGCUUAUUACAAAGAAUUCAAGAAGGUUCUGGAUGCAGCUGAUGUUGUUAUUGAAGUUGUGGAUGCUCGUGAUCCACUAGGAACACGUUGUAAACAGGUGGAAGAAGCAGUCAGAUCUGCAAAGGGAAACAAAAGAUUGGUGUUGGUCUUGAAUAAGGCAGAUUUGGUUCCUAGAGCAAAUCUAGAUGAGUGGUUGAAGUAUCUGAGAGCUAGUUUGCCAGCCGUAGCGUUCAAAUCGUCCACGCAGAGUCAAGCGAAUCGACUGGGUAGAAGAAAGCUGGGUAGAAAAACGGAAUCCAUGAUACAAGGCAACACCUGUUUCGGUGCUGAAUUACUCUUGUCAUUACUUGGAAAUUAUUGCAGAAACAGUGGCAACGUAAAGACAAGCAUCAGAGUGGGAGUCGUCGGGCUUCCGAACGUAGGCAAAUCCAGCGUUAUCAAUUCUUUGAAACGCAACAAAGCGUGCAAUGUUGGAAAUACGCCAGGAAUAACCAAGACGAUGCAAGAAAUUCAAUUAGACUCGAAGAUAAAACUAUUGGACUCUCCCGGCAUAGUGUUCGCUAGUUCGGACGGGAACUUCGAUGAUACGUCUGUGGCCCUUAAAAAUGCCGUGAAAAUUCAAGGGUUGAGAGAUCCUUUCACGCCGGCGACCGCUAUUCUAAAGAGGAUCUCGCGAGAACAGAUAAUGGAAUUGUACGAUAUGCAAGACUUCUCGUCGCCGGAGGAAUUCUUCCCGAUGAAGGCGGCAAGAAUGGGGAAGUUUAAAAGACGCGGAUUACCUGAUGCUUUGGCUGCGGCGCGCAGUAUUCUUGACGACUGGAAUUCCGGGAAAAUUAGAUAUUAUACUGUACCACCCGAACAACCAGUGUGUCACGUAUCCGCGGAAAUUAUCAGUCAGAUGGCUAAAGAGUUCGACAUUGAGAGUUUCGCCACGGAGGAAAAAAUGAUGCUCGACAAUCUCGCAACGGACUCGACAAGUAAUCCUACUGUCGCGAAUCCUUUGUUGAUCGACAGUACGGGACCUGUCACGGCGAUGGAAGUCGAGAAAGAAACGCAAUACAAGGUGCAGAAAAAAUUAAAGAAAUUGACAGAAGCGAAGAAUGUCGAGAGGAAGAAGAAAACUGAUCCGCUGUCCGAGAUCGAUGGCAAUAAAAAGCUGAAUAAGCUUAAUAAACUUCAGUUCAAGAAGGAGAAGAAGAAAAAAGCGAGAGCAGAAAAAGCCGCUGUCAAACUAGCGGGACAACUUGAAGGAUUUAAUUUACGGACGGAUGAUUAUGACUUCAAUACAGAUUUUACAGCAUAAAAGUUGUGUUAUAUAAUUACGAAUAUAUGGUACGAAUGAGAAAGAACUAUAUAAAUAAUAAAGAUUACAUUGACGAAAAUA